AUGAUUUUGUUCACAGUUCUUAACAUUAUUAAUGCUCCAACAGUUGCGAAUUUGAUAAAAGAUUCAUACUUUGCAUUCACUGGUGUUGAAGAUAACAUCCGUGUAAUUCAUUUCUAUCAAAAAAAUUGCCCAGCUUGUGAUUCCGUUGAAGAAGUUUUCGAAGAAGUCAGUAGGAUGUAUUCUCGUGAGGAAAGAGUAAUGUUUGGUCAGCUUGAUUGUGAUCGUGCAACUGAUGUUUGCGAAUCUUCAUCAGUUAGAGAUUAUCCUGCAUGGCAUGUAUACUUCAAAACAAACACACAUCCAAAGAGAUACAAUAGAAACUUCGAUGUUGACAGUUUUGUUAAAUUCAUUCGUCAAGGUUCCGGAAUUAGACCAACAUCCAACGCAAAUAACUUACUUUAUAUUGCUCCAAAGGAUCUUCUCAACAUUACAAAGAAGCCUCUUUGCAAUUUUGUUAUUGUUGAUAAGCCAAUGGAUCAAGAAUCACAACAAUUACAUAACGCUUCAAGACUCGCAGAAUCUGCCGUCCGUCGUGGUGCCAAGUUCUUCGCUGUCGAUAGAAGUGAAUCUACUGAAAUAAAUAAGAAACUUGCCGGAAAAUCUUAUUCUGCUUUCUUUGUUAAAAGCGGAAAAUGGACUCCUUACACCGGUGAAGAAGAUAAGGAUUCAAUUGUUCAUUUCUUACGCAAUCAGAAGUGCGCAUUAACUGUUGCAACUCCAACGCCAACUCCAAAGCCAUUACCAGAACUGGAUGAUCCUGUAGAUGAUGAUCCAUACUUUGAAGAUGAUGUAGAGCCAGAAAAUCCUUCACAAAAGGCUGAAGAUGAUGAAGAUGACGAUGAAAACGACGAAGAUGAUCAGCCAGCUCAAAAGAAGAAGAAACGCACAGAUGAUAUCGAAGAAGAUAAUGAUUUCGAGUUGAAGAAUGACGAUGACGAAGAAUUCACUGAUUUUUAA